ACCAGAUUUCCUCCUUGCUCGGUUCGUGGGCCCAGAACUCCUCGCGAUUCCCUUCGUUUCCACCGACCACGACCCGGUUCGGCUCGAUGUCCAUUUCCUCCUCCCCCAUCCCUCCGUGGUUGUGAGGAUCGUCCUCUAGCAUCAAGCUAGCAUGGUCGUGCUCUUCAUGGCCCUCCAUGUUGCCGUAGGAAGGAUUGCAAUCAAUGGGAGAGCCUCCGGCGUUGGGAAGGGUGUCGAGUCGUUCUUGCCUUCUUGCCGUGGUGUUGCAUCGUACAGCACUGUACAGGUCCCCCGCCCCCGUGUCAACGCAACGCAACGGACUCCGAGCGACACUGCGCAAACGAAUUCCGUCCGAACUUCGCUCGCGCGAGAUUCCCCAGGAAACUACUGGUCCGUAGCGAAACAACGAGGACAACCGCGCGUUUUGGAAUUCCGCGUUGCGCGCUCGGAACAUCGGACGGCUUUCUCGUUGUUCUUUUUCGGAGUCAAACGGCCGGGAUCUUCGGUUCGAAAGGUAUGCUAGGAUGUUGCCGCUAUACCCUACCAUACCUACUUUCUAUGAUGCAUUGUGAUAUGUAGUAGUAAUUAGUAGUAGUAAUAGUUAUACUGUGUGUG